UAAUUAUGAAUUCCCAAUAACCUGUUUAUGUUUAAGGUAUAUAAUAAAUGGAAGUAUAGAGAUGAAAUUGGACAAUUAUGAAAUAGUGAAACCUCUAGGUUAAGGAGCUUACAGUGAAGUUGUAUUAGCUAAAAAUAAACUUACAGGCCAUGAAUCUGCUCUAAAGAUUGUAGAUAAGCCUUUUCUAUUGAAGGUAUGACAAUCUAAUAAAGUAAGGAAAAAAAAAUGCAUCAUGCCUGUAUAGAAAGAGAAGUGUUAUGUUAUUUAAGACACAAAGGAAUAAUAAAGUUAUUUAAUUCAUUUGAAGACGAGAGUAAAUUGUAUUACUCUUUAGAGUUGUUGAAUGAUGGCAAUCUUUUGGAAUACUUUAACAGUAUUUGAAUAAUUUUAAUAUAGAGUAUAAUUUUAAUGAAAAAAUGAUACAAUUUUAUACUGCUGAACUAUUAUUAAUUUUAGAAUAUUUGCAUUAGAAUGGUUUAGUUCAUAGAGAUAUUAAACCAGAGAAUAUUUUGUUGACAAAAGAUAAACAUUUAAAAUUAAUAGAUUUUGGAACAGUUUUUGUAUAUGAUGAUUAAAAAAUUAAUAUUGGAUUUAAAUUAGAAUAAAUCAGAAUUCAAUAUUAAAAAUAGAGAUCACCAUCAUUAAAUGAUUUUGAAAAGCCUCCAAUAAAAUUUUGUCGUGAUUCUAGUUUUGUAGGAACAUCAGAAUAUUUAUGUCCAGAAUUAAUUGAUUAUAACAUAGUAGGACCUUAAGCAGAUUUAUGGGCUUUAGGAUGUUUCAUUUAUUAAUUAUACACUCAUAGAACUCCAUUUUUUUCUGAAAAUGAAUUUUAAUUAUUCCAUAAUAUAAGUUAAUGUGAAUGGGAGAAAGAUUAAAGAAUUCCAAAUGACGCUUUAGAAUUAAUAAGAAUUUUAUUAGAUAGGAAUCCAUAGAAUAGAUUUUAUGGAGAAAUAAAUGGUAAGAUCCUAUUAAAAUUUAAGAUUCUGAUUACAAUUAUAAUUGUUUGAAAAAGCAUCCCUUUUUUAAAGGAAUAGAUUUCCAUAAUAUAUGGUUAUAAGAUGUUCCAUAACCAAUUAUUACAACAUAAAAAAGAAGACUUAGCAGAUAUUAAACAACAAUGUUAGAUAGAUAGAAGGAGAGAGAAAAACCAGAUAUAAGAGGGAAUUCAGUAACAAAAAAUUAGACAGAUCAAAUAAUUCUAAAAGGUAAUGUAGAUAAAGAACAUGGUGUACUUUUUAUGACUUAGUUUUCUAUAAGAUAUGCAAAUAUAAGUAUAUAAGGUGGAACUCCUUAUUUUAAUUAUAUAAAUCCUUAGUUGAAUAAUAAACUAGUAUAUAAAUUGUAUUUGAUAUUUAGACAAUCAUUCCAUUAAAUUAAUUCACUUCUUGUAAAUUGUUAGGCAAAGGUAAAUUCAUAGUUGGAGAUAAAAAUAAGAAGAAAUACAUCUUUAAAGAAAGAGAUCAUGAUAUAACUGCUUAGCAAUGGGUUAACACUAUGAAUAAAUACAUCAAUGCUAAUCAUUUAUAAUUUUGA